AUGCCAUCCUCAAAGACACCAUUAGAAGUUGACGAUGUCACCAUCACCAGCUUCACCGUCACUGAUAUCAGAUUCCCCACUAGUCUAGACGGGGUUGGCUCGGACGCUAUGCAUGUUGGCACAAAUGGAUCGCAUCCCUACAUUCAACUUCAUACUAAUCAGGGUGACUUGAUCGGUGAAGGCAUUGCUUUCAGCAACGGUCGAGGAAGCGAGCUAAUUUGUAUGACUCUCAACAUCUUCGCGAAACGCGUGGUUGGAAAGACAAUGCAUGAGUUGACUCGGAACAUGGGCAAGACCUGGCGAUAUAUGGUCUCCGACUCCCAAUACAGAUGGAUCGGCCCUGAGAAGAGCGUGACGCAUUUGGCAGUUGCCGGCGUACUCAAUGCUGUCUGGGACCUCUGGGGCAAGAUAUUAGGUCUUCCAGUGUGGCAGAUCGUGUGUGAAAUGAGUCCUGAUGAGAUUGUUCGCUGUAUCGAUUUCAGGUAUAUCACAGACGUCAUCACACCAGAAGAGGCCAUCGGUAUGCUUCAAAAGACGGCCAAAGGCAAGGAGGAGCGCUUGAAGGAGGCAUUCGAUAAUGUUGCCGUGCCAGCCUAUACAACAUCCGCCGGAUGGAUGGCGUUCUCGGGCGAUAGGAUGAAGGAGGUCUUACAUGAGACAUUGGCGCAGGGAUACAAGGUCUUCAAGUUUAAAGUCGGGACCAGCAUCGAGGCCGAUAGAGAGAGAUUGUCUGCUGUAUGGAGCGUACCCGAGGCCAUUGAUUACAUGAAGCAUUUGGUGGAGUUCAAGCCUGUUUUCAUCGAGGAGCCAACAAACCCCGAUGACGUGCUGGGACACGCAGCGAUUCGCAAGGCGCUGAAGCCGUAUGGCGUCGGCGUUGCCACAGGCGAAGCAGCACAAAACAGAGUCACUUUCAAGCAGUUACUGCAGGCUGAAGCAACUGAUGUUGCACAAAUCGAUGCUGUUCGACUCGGUAGCGUUAAUGAAUGUCUUGCGGUCAUGCUGAUGGCCCUCAAGUUCAAUAUCCCAUGUGUUCCACAUAAUGGUGCAAUGGGCCUGACAGAACUGACAUCCCAUCUCAGCACGAUCGACUAUGUUGCCAUCAGUGGACGUAAGUCAAUGCUGGAAAAUGCUGACAGCCACCGCGAGAACUUACGACAUCCUUCCAAGAUUGUUAAUACUCACUACGUCACGCCAUUAUCACCAGGUUACUCUACAGGCUACACCGAUGAAGCGCUUGAAAAGUAUACUUAUCCUGAUGGCAAGUUCUGGGCAUCUGAAACUGGGUUGAAGAUUAUCGCGCAGCCCACGGGUGGCGAGCUAUAA